CUGGUGGUCGUGGGCGGCGGCGGCGUGGGCAAGAGUGCGCUGACCAUCCAGUUCAUCCAGUCCUACUUCGUUUCUGACUACGACCCCACCAUCGAAGACUCCUACACCAAGAUCUGCACCGUGGAUGGCGUUCCGGCCCGACUGGACAGUGAGGGCGGCCGAUUCCUGCUGGUGUUUGCCAUUAACGACCGGCAGAGUUUCAACGAGGUGAGCAAGCUCUUCACGCAGAUCCUCCGGGUCAAGGACCGCGACGACUUCCCCAUCGUGCUGGUCGGGAACAAGGCGGAUCUGGAAGCGCAGCGCCAGGUCCGAGGCGCCGGGGACCCCCGUCUCAGCCUGGGAGGGUGGCUGGGACACCUCCCUGCCUCUCUUCACAUCAGCAUCCUCCUCUGGCCGGGGUGA